AUGUAUGUCAGUCACGUACUCAGGUAUGUCAGCCACGUGCUCAGGUAUAUCAGUCAUGUACUCAGGUAUGUCAGUCAUGUACUCAGGUAUGUCAGCCAUGUGCUCAGGUAUGUCAAUCAUGUACUCAGGUAUGUCAGUCAUGUGCUCAGGUAUGUCAGUCACGUACUCAGGUAUGUCAGCCACGUGCUCAGGUAUAUCAGUCAUGUACUCAGGUAUGUCAGCCACGUGCUCAGGUAUAUCAGUCAUGUACUCAGGUAUGUCAGCCACGUGCUUAGGUAUAUCAGUCAUGUGCUCAGGUAUGUCAGUCACGUGCUCAGGUAUGUCAGUCACGUGCUCAGGUAUGUCAGCCACGUGCUGAGGUAUGUCAGCCACGUGCUGAGGUAUGUCAGCCACGUGCUCAGGUAUAUCAGCCAUGUACUCAGGUAUGUCAGCCACGUGCUCCGGUAUGUCAAUCAUGUGCUCAAGUAUGUCAGUCAUGUACUCAGGUAUGUCAAUCAUGUCCUCAGGUAUGUCAGCCACGUGCUCAGGUAUGUCAGUCAUGUACUCAGGUAUGUCAGCCACGUGCUCGGGUAUGUCAGCCACGUGCUUAGGUAUAUCAGCCACGUGCUCAGGUAUGUCAGUCAUGUGCUCAGGUAUGUCAGCCAUGUGCUCAGGUAUGUAAAUCAUGUGCUCAGGUAUGUCAGCUAUGUGCUCAGGUAUGUCAAUCAUGUGCUUAGGUAUGUCAGUCAUGUGCUCAGGUAUGUCAGCCAUGUGCUCAGGUAUGUCAAUCAUGUGCUCAGGUAUGUCAGUCAUGUGCUCAGGUAUGUCAGUCAUGUGCUCAGGUAUGUCAGUCAUGUGCUCAGGUAUGUCAGUCAUGUGCUCAGGUAUGUCAGCCAUGUGCUCAGGUAUGUCAGCCAUGUGCUCAGGUAUGUCAGUCAUGUGCUCAGGUAUGUCAGUCAUGUGCUAAGGUAUGUCAAUCAUGUGCUCAGGUAA